CGUCCAAUAUUUCCAUCUCUAUCUUCACAACUGCUUGUCAGAAUUGAUAGCGCGAAAAUUGUUUCUAAAUUUUGCCCGACAUACGACAGUAUUGGAAAAUAAACAAAUUUUAUAAGCAAUGGAGGAAGAUCAGCCCGCUGCAUUCGCCAUAGUUGACCCAUUGUGCAGCCGAUAUGCAAACACGUUGACCGGCCAAUUUGUGUUUGGCAGUAAAAUAGCUUUAGCUGCUUAUAGGCCUGUUACCAGCAACACGCGGGACGCUCCAACUGAGUUCGCUGGUAAGGAUGACGUAUUAAUACAUAUGCUGCAGCCGGAAUUUAACUUCGAUGACCCCAUACUUCGUAGUCUUAUCGCAGAAGCUAAUUCCACGUUCGUAGCGCUCCAAGCGCUUAAGAGACGCGGUUCAAAAGCAGAAUAUACCAAAAUAUCGCGUACUUAUCGCAGCAUAAUACGCGCUUGCUUAGAAAAAUUGCAAGAUGCUGUAAUAAGUGCAGACGAAGUUGAUGAUGCUGACGCACAGUCGAAGUAUCAGCAGUACAUUUCGAUUUUUUAUUCGAUUGAAUGUGUGUGGCAUCUGAGCGAAAUUUUAUUUCUGGAUCCAACUCCUUCUAAUACAGUCGUGCCUCAGCUUCUGGACUGGAUUCGGUUUCAUUUCCCAGCUGCCGAACGUAUGGCUACUGAUCUGCUGUUGUUGGGGCGCGAAGCAAGUGACAGUGAAGAUUAUUGGCCGACUCUUAAGGGACUCAUAUUGCAGGGGCAAGUGGACGUGGCACGUGCCUUAUUGCACCUACACCCACAAGCGGAAACUGCGCACUUUAAAUUAACUGAGCAAAUUCUUAAAGCAAUGCCUGUAUACAAUGCUCAUGGUGGCGUUUCCAUUCAAAAGUUCCGAUCACAAUGGCAAUACUGGCUUACUGACACUGAACGUAAAAUUGCAGCAAAUAUACUUGCCAUCGAACCGAACCUAGAAGAAAUCAUACAGUUAGUGACUGGUGAAACUCAGAUAUGGAAUGCGCAAAUACAAGAAACCGAAUAUUGGUAUGAGUUCCUGCCCGGUUACCUCUUCUUCACAAAUCCUGCCUGCAAGCAUUUCGAAUUGGGCAACGCAGCUAACACGUGGCUAUCGCGUUGGGUGCGCGUUAAAGGAAACAAUAGUAAUGAAUUGAAAAUGAAGCACUUAGAUCGAGUCAUACUUAGUCUCAUGGAGAACGACAUGCAUCAGGUGAUACAUGCAAUACAGCUGAUGGCCGAUAAUCAGUGGUUCGUGACGCAUCUCAUUGACUUGUUGUACAAUUGUGGACAGUUGCAGGUCGUUGGAGAAAAUCAAGUAAAUGAGUGUAUAAAAUUGAGAGAAUCAUUGCUUUAUGAUUUCGGAAGUUCUCUAAUGACCCGUAACUCCUUGUGGCAAUUAGGAAUGGAUUAUCUCGAUCAUUGUGGUCAAGAAGGACAAGCUGCCUUGGCGAUGCUCCUAACAAAAAUACCCUUACAUACCGAAAAACAAGCUUUGAAAAUUAUUGGCAUUGCCCAAAAGAAAGGGUUUUUCGAAGCUGAGCAAGAAAUUUGCAAAAUACAAUCGAAGAAAUCACUUAACGAGGAACGUUAUGGGAACGCGUUAGAAUGGGCAAUCCGUUCAAAGGAUACACUCUAUGUAACUUCAAUAGCAGAUUUUCUGUUAAACCACUAUGCUAAAACUGGGGAUAUGCUUUGCCCGGAUGCCAUCGCAAACAUUGGUGCCAAAAUGUUCAUCUCGCCUCGUUUAGUGUUUUUAGUAAAAUAUUUUGAUUUCUUUCAAUUCUAUCGCAAAAGGGACUUUCUGCCCGCUGCUGAGCUGUUGGUUAAUUUACUAGAAUCAAAAAUUACACCAGAAUAUUUCUGGCCUUCUUUACUUAUUGACUCUAUUCCUCUGCUCGAAUCGAAGGAUCCGAAAAUACUCUCGAAAGAGACUUGCGCAAUUUUACAUCAUUUAGAAUCGGAGUUAGUGCCGCUAAUUGAUAAGAAGAAAAAACGCCUGGAAAAGUACCCCGAUGAAUCGGUCGAAAUUCUGAAGGACUACCGCAUAGAAAAUAUUGAGGAAAUCAUUAAUUUACUGCGUUUGGCUUGUGCUCGCAAUUUAUCGCGCGCUAUUAUCAUUGAAAAUACAAUUAUGGGUUGAAUACUAAUAAUCAUUCAAUAUAUUUAUUGUUUAAAAUUAAAACCUUAAAUACAAACAGUU